AUGCAGCCGACCGAAGUGCGAAGGCAGCUUUCAUACAAGGAUACCAAAGAAUUUUUCAAUAUCAUCCUAACCUCGGACGUUUACUACUAUGGGGCUGUAUUCUCGAAUCCCGGUCCCGACGGUAUCGAGAAGUACAACUGGAUCAUGAUCGUCGGGACAGUUGCAGCUUUGAGUGUAAUUUCCGGAUUGUACUGGACGACGUGCAUCACAGGGAUGAAACUAUACUUCUACGUGAAGCGCCGUACAAUCAGUAGAACGGUGCAAAAAUACCAGGUUCAAUUGUUGCUCCUUCUGCUGGCACAGGCAGUCUCCCCAUUCAUCUUCGAAUUCGUGCCCGUCUUUAUCGUACUUGUUGGAGGGACUACAAGACUCGUUCCGCACUACGGUGGCAUCUGCGCCCCAUUGUUCUUUGGUGGCUACUCGGGCUGCGACGCCAUUCUGGCGUUACUUUUAUUCAAGGCCUAUCGCCGGCGAAUGCUCGAAAUCUGCAGGUUCAAGCUCUGCCCCCGUCAUCGCAGCAAAAUCUUCCAAACUGCUACCGAAGACUCCAAGCCCGCGUCGGGACCCAAGAAAAGCGCGACAAUCUCGCCA